UGGAGGACACAGUGGACAUGGCUUCCCCAAGCCCCACACACACAAACCAAGCUGUACCCUUGGGACCUGAGGGGAGGCUGGGGUGUGGGCAUGGUGGGGGUGCCUGGCCACACAGCCAGGGCCUCGAGAUACCUGUGGCCCACGGGGUGGCCAAGUUGGCCUGCAGGGAGGGUGCAGACAGAGGAUUUGCACUUGACAGUCCCUCCAUGAACCACCCCUGACGCCCUAACAGUGGACUGCUGUGCCUGGCUGCCCUGUGUGGAGCCACAAUGGCCACUCAAGGGAUGGAGGGCCAGGAGGACAGUGGAGGGACUGGGCACCGUGGCUGGAAGUCCUCACCACCCUGUUCCUGGUCCCCAGGGAGACCUGAGGGUCACACGCUGUCAUAAGGAAGAGGACACCAGGUCUGGACCCGGCCCAGGGUGGGCAGCUCCGGUUCCUUCCUUGGCACCUGGCCCUUGAGGCAGGUGCAGGAGACAGGCCUGGCUGAGCAGGGCCAGCCCGUGGGUCCCCUGCUGGCCAGACACCAAGGGAACAGAGUCUCUAAAGACCCAUCAGGCCAGUCACCCUGGUGAUUCAAGUGGCAGUUACAGGGUCCCCAAGGCCACCCUGCAGGUCUGUGGGAGGCCACAUGAGGAGGGAGGGGAGCAGCCUCAUGGCUCCAAGACCUGCCCAGGGCACUUGGAAGCCACACAGGCCGGGCCGCUGACCACAGGACAGGGGAGCUCCUGCUCGAACACUCCUCCCUAAGGGUGACUGGCUCCCCUGGUGCAGGCUGCUCCGGAGGGCAGUGCGCCUGUGCUGGCCCUGCCACUGGCACUCACACCCUCCUGCCACCUCCAGGCCACCCACAGGGAGAGCCGGGCCCCAGGACUGCAGGCUGGGGUGCGAGCAGGGCAGCCCAGGACGCGCUGUAGGCCACUGGGUGGGGAGCCUGCCUGGGGGGGCUCUGGGCUCCUGGCAGCAAGAGUCAGAGGAGCAGUAACUGGAUCCUGCCGCGGAUCUGGUGGCCCUGCGGCGGGGGCUGCGAUCGGGUUGCGCCUGUGCCGUGGGCUUCCACGGGUGCCCUUUCUGCUUUGGGAAGGAGCUGCGCGGCUGGGAGCACUCGCUGCGAGUCCGAGGGGCCUUGAGGUGGCAGCAGGAAGGUGAGAGGCCAAGAGGUACGGGCACAGGGCCCUGGACUUGGGCCCUAGCAGCCGUGGGAGAAGAUAAGGUGGGGGAGCCUGUGUCCAGUCCUGCCGGGCACUGCUCCAGCCCCGUGUCAGCCAGGAAAGGCUGCAGUCCAGGCUGGGGUAAUGAACCGCCACUAAGCCGGCACGUUCCUGAUCCGUCCUCCCCACCCGCCCUCUGCURCCCACUGGCCACGUAAGAGCUGCCUGGGUGGCCGAGCCACUGGUCAGACAGUGCUGCAGCAGGUAGUGGGGUCCAUGACGACAGCAGGCCCUGGGGGCCAAAGGCCAGUGGAGCAGAGCUGGGCCUCUGGGAGGCCCCAGGACCUGUGAGCACUCAGAGGGAGCUUCCCCAGCCUGCAAGGCCUGGCCUGCCUGGAAGAUGCCCACCAACGGCCUGCACCAGGUGCUCAAGAUCCAGUUUGGCCUGGUCAAUGAUACUGACCGCUACCUGACAGCGGAGAGCUUUGGCUUCAAGGUCAAUGCCUCGGCACCCAGCCUCAAGAGGAAGCAGAUGUGGGUGCUGGAGCCCGACCCGGGGCAGGGCCCGGCCGUGCUGUUCCGCAGCAGCCACCUGGGCCGCUACCUGUCAGCAGAAGAGGACGGCAGCGUGGGCUGUGGAGCAGAGCGGCCGGGCCCUGACUGCCGCUUCCUGGUGUUGCCCCAGCCCGAUGGGCGCUGGGUGCUCCAGUCAGAGCCACAUGGCCGCUUCUUCGGAGGCACUGAGGACCAGCUGUCCUGCUUUGCCACAACCAUCUCCACGGCUGAGCUGUGGACUGUGCACCUGGCCAUCCACCCACAGGCCCACCUGCUGAGCGUGAGCCGUAGGCGCUAUGUGCACCUGUGCCCGCAGGAGGACGAGAUGGCAGCGGACGGCGACAUGCCCUGGGGGGUGGAGGCGCUGCUCACCCUCAUCUUCCAGAGCCGGCGGUACUGCCUCAAGUCCAGCGACAGCCGCUACCUGCGCAGCGACGGCCGCCUGGUCAGGGAGCCCGAGGCCCAGGCCUGCUACACACUGGAGUUCAAGGCGGGCAAGCUGGCCUUCAAGGACUGUGAUGGCCGCUACCUGGCACCCACGGGGCCUGCUGGCACUCUGAAGGCUGGACGCAAUACGCGGCCCAGCAAGGAUGAGCUCUUUGACCUGGAGGAGAGUCACCCGCAGGUGGUGCUGGUGGCCGCCAACCACCGCUACGUCUCUGUGCGGCAAGGGGUCAACGUCUCAGCCAAUCAGGAUGAAGAGCUAGACCACGAGACCUUCUUGAUGCAAAUUGAUCAGGACACAAAGAAGUGUACCUUCUAUUCCAGCACUGGAGGCUACUGGACCUUGGUCACCCAUGGGGGCAUUCAGGCCACAGCCACACAAGUUUCUGCCAGUACCAUGUUUGAGGUGGAGUGGCGUGGCCGGCGGGUGGCACUCAAAGCCAGCAAUGGGCGCUAUGUGUGCAUGAAGAAGAACGGGCAGUUGGCAGCCAUCAGUGACUUUGUGGGCGAGGGCGAGGAGUUCAUCCUCAAGCUCAUCAACCGGCCCAUCCUGGUGCUGCGCGGCCUGGACGGCUUCGUCUGCCACCGCCGAGGCUCCAACCAGUUGGACACCAACCGCUCUGUCUACGACGUCUUCCACCUGAGCUUCAGCGACGGCGCCUAUCAGAUCCGAGGCCGCGGCGGGUUCUGGUACACCGGCAGCCACGGCAGCGUGUGCAGCGACGGCGAGAGCGCCGAGGACUUUCUCUUCGAGUUCCGCGAGCGCGGCCGCCUGGCCAUUCGUGCGCGCAGCGGCAAGUACCUGCGCGGCGGCGCCUCGGGGCUGCUCCGCGCAGACGCCGACGUGCCCUCCGCGGUCGCGCUCUGGGAGUACUGAGGAUCAGCGGGCGCGUGUUCUAAGCCGCCUGUCUGACAACUGCUGUGAGCUCCGGGUGCCCCCUGGGGGGUCAGAAGGGUUGCGGGGCAGGGUCGCUGGCCCAAGUUGCUGAGCACUGGCGUUUUUGUCCCUGGCCCGCUGCAGUCCCUCCCUGCAUCCUCUGUCCAGGGACAACUUCCUGCAGGGGGCCACUCACCCUUCUCUCCCCCAUCCAUCUCAGGGAAAGGGCCAUGGCUGGGAAUCCAGAGAGAGCCCCAUGACCUGGACAGCCGCCACCCUGGGCCUCCUCUGGUUUCCGCACCUGCCCCAGGUGCCUCCAUGUCUAGGCACACAGAUCCUCCUUCAGGAGACACACCCCAAACCUCUGCAGCUGACCUGGGGAGUCCCUGCCCUUCUCUGGGGCCUGGAGUGUCCUCCAAUGAGUCCACUGCCCAAGGACAGGUGAUGCCCAACGAGGGGUAGGAGUCUGGACUGAGGAGAGGGUCCCCUGGGAGCGGGGUCACAGGCUCUGGGAAGUGAGGACAUGCAGGCCAGAGAAAGGAACCAAGCAGAGUCCUAGGGGAGUAGUCGAGGACCAGGAUCUGCCCGGUUCCAGGAACAAGGGUCUGCCCUUGUCCAGGUCUAGAGGGACUAUCCCUGGGGCAAGUGUUGGGCAGAUCAGUUAACCCUGGCAGGGCCAGACAGAGGGAAGCUGAGUGGCCAGGAGAGCAGGUAGACUCCAUGUGCYCCAUGGUCUGUGCUGUCCCCCACUGUCAGCCAGCCUGGAACCAUGUGGCUUUGGUCCCACUGUCCUCUCCACAUAACUAAACAGCACUGAUGCCUCAGGGAACUCCUCCUGAAGAACACCCCUGCAGGGCAGCCUGACGGGGAGGUGGCCUCAGCCUGCAGAGCGGUGCGGGGCAUUGCCCUGGCUCUACAAGGAUGGCACACCAAACCCCCUUGGCCGGGCGUCUCAUUCUGGGUCUGUGUGUUAUGCCCAGCUGAGGCUGCCAAGGCUGGACGGUAUCACUGCUCUGAGACAGUGGUCUCUUGGGACAUCUGCUCUGGCUCCUGAGACCGGGG